UUUACAAUUCGAUUUUGUCUCAAUAUUUUUACUUAUAUUAUAAAUUAAAGCAAUGGAAAUCGUAAUUCUAAGAAAUAGAAAUAUUAUGUACAUAUCUGAAUCUCUUGUUCAAGAGAUUGGUUGUUUCGUUAGAUAUUUGUACUUGGACAAUAACAUCAUACGGACACUACCCGACGAAUUAUUUACUGGUUGUACAAAUCUUAUGUGGUUAGAUUUAAGAUGCAAUAGAAUACGUCAAUUGCCAAAUGGUAUUCAGGGUCAUACAAAUUUACAAGUAUUGCUUCUGGGCAAAAAUGAUUUAAGGCGAUUGCCUAUAACGCUGGGCUCAUUACCGAAACUUCGAGAAUUACACGUUGCAGGAAAUCCACUUGAUUGCCUUACUAGAGACGUGGUGAAAAAAGGUUCUAAAUAUUUAAUAAGUUUUUUACAAGAAAAAUGGAAAAGUGAACAAAAUAUUUUGGACACCGUUCAAAAAAAUAAUGAUGAAUUAAACGUAGUAAAAAAAAUAGAAGACAAAAUACUUAAAAAAAACAAAAAAAACAAAAAAAUUAUGGAUACGUCAAAAAUGCAGUUGAUGGAAAGAUAUAGUUGGCCAAUGAUAUUUCUUACUAAUUGGAGCACUGACCGUUUAGUUACUGAUCGUGAUAUUAGGAUGAAAGAAUUAGAGAGACUUUAUUUGGAAAAACAAAAAUUAAUAUUACAGAAACAAGAACGAAUUUUACAAUCUUACAAAGAUGAAGAAACUCUGAAAAUAUGGAGAAAUAAAGCAAAACAAUUGCAAUAUUUUGAAAAUUCAUCCAAAUUAAAAAGUUAUCGAGGACUCGAGAUACCAUUUGGAGUAAAUAAAGAAUUUUCAAAAAUGAUAUCCAGACAAACAUACAGACGAGAAAGUGUGGAAAAUAUAAAGUAUAAGAAUGCUGUAAAACCUUCAGUAAUUAAACCGUUUGACUUUGACUUGGAAAUGUCAGAUAUUUACAAAAUGCUAAUAAGUUUAACAUCAAACAAUGUAGAAAAUACAAACAGUGAUAAAAAGAAUGAUCCAAAAAUAUCAAUUGAUUGGGAAAUUCAAAAGUUGCAUGAUAUACAAAAAAGAAUUUCACAAUUGAAAACGCGUAUGAUCUAAUAAAAGAAGACAAAAAUAAUAAUUUCAAUACCAAUUAAAAUAAAAUACUUUUUUAUUUAUUUUACAUUUAUUACAUUAACCUAGUACUAGUUAUAUUAGUUGUACAUUUAUAGAUUUUUAACUGAUCAUAUACACAAAUAGAUAAAAAUUAUGCAUAACCCCAAACUUAGGAAAUAUAAGUUCAUAAGGAUUGGACCUUGGUUAUUGUUAUUCGGUUCAUUUACUCUCUAUGCAGCAUUUAAAUAUCACUUAAAUAAAAACAAUUCACAACACAAUCACUCUAUUUUUUAAAACAAUAAUUCAAGAAUAAAUUAUUUUACUGUCAAAAUGUAUUCUCAUUAUUAUAUUCUAUUGAAAAGUAUACAUACAUACUAGACAUUUUCAUUAAUAUGUAAUUUUAAUGUAGUAGUUUAUAGAUAAAUGACAAAAUCUCAUACUUAUUGUUGAUUAUAUAAACUCUGUUCAGCAAGAGAACAUCCCUAUUCUAUGCAUCUUCACUCAACACUGGAUAUUACUAUGGCGGGCAGUAUGUUCAUGGUGAUGCUGAUUUUUGUUGAGCCAUUGUUUGUUUUCUUGUUAGACAAAGUAUAGAAUAUUUGUAAGUUGUAACACAUUUUAUUAUUAUUAUUUAAAAAUAUUUAUCAGAUUAAUAACUAAUAAAAUAUCAUUAACAAAUACUUUUGAACAUUUAAAUGUUGUAUUUUUUGCUUGGAUGUUAAAAUAUUUAAAAAAUAUCAUGUUUACCAAACCUUCAGAGUUUUAGUUUUAAAUUAUUCCUCUGAUAUAAAUUAUUGAAUAAAAAAAAAUUGUCAUAAUUUGCUUAUUUUAAACUUAAUUUAUAAGUCCAUUUAUGAUAAUAAAAUACUAAGGUUUGUGUAAAGAUAAACAUAUUAACAAUUAAUUAAAUGUUGGAAAAAAAAUUAUUUCAGUUGGAAAUAAGUAACACAUUUAACUAUAUAAUAGUGUAUGUAAGAUAUCCAUUAUCCCAGCCUCGCAUCAAAUGAAUAUUUUUAUAUUAUUUAU